ACAAGAUGGCGGACAAAACAACCUCGGAAAAGAGAAAGAGAGAAGUUGUGCCUAGAGAAGACGAUAAAAGCGCUAAAACGUGCGAAUCGGACGAAAGAAUUGGAACAAAAAAGUUAAAAACUCAAUAUCAAGAAGUCAGAGAUGAAAUAAAAGACAAGUUCAAGUUCGAGAUGCCACAGGACUUUUAUGAUUUCUGGGAGUUUUGUGCAACACUGAAUGCCAGCCACCCUGAAGAGGCUCUAAAAGAUACAUUGAACUUAGAACUUGUAGGACCCUAUGAUGUAUUUACUGGAAAGUUAAACAACUGUGAUGAAUCCAACAUGACAUCUUACCAUUUGCAUUGGCGGUAUUACUAUGACCCCCCUGAAUUUCAAACAAUCCUGAGGUCAUGUGAUGAUGACAGUGGCUUUCACUUGGGGUAUUUCAGAGAUGAYCCAAAGAGUCUACCGGUAUUUCUAACGUCAAAYGAUGCAAAUGUUGGUUGUGAAAUGACAAUCAGGGGGGACAAUAUAUUUGGUGCUGUAAGCACAUUUUUGUCUGAAACUCUCAAGAAAUGCAAAGAAAAAUCCAAGAAAGAUUCUCUGAAAAACCUUCAAACCAAAAUCACUAAUAGAGGUAAUGAACUCAACUACUGUUUGUCUUCACCAACRCCRAGCAUCAAAUCUAGAAAUAAACUAGUCAACACCAAGACCUUCCAUAAAGCAGGAAUGGUUGUCCCAGUUGAUGCUUCUGAUGUUGGCUACCGGCCUUUGACAGUCACACAUGGAGAGUUAAAGAGAAUCUUGAAAAAGAUCUGCGAUUCAAAAGGUGAUAGUGAAGAUGCUUCAGAACAACUACAAGAAAUCAUAACCUAUGUACAGUUUGCUAACGAUGAGUGCGACUAUGGWAUGGGACUUGAGCUGGGUUUGGACAUCUUCUGUUUCGGUGAAAAGCGUUUUCAUAAUUUGAUUCUUCAGUUAAUGCCCUUAGCCUACAAUCUGUUGGGAAGAGACCUGUUUKCCGAGAUUAUUGAAGUCCACAUGAAAUAUCGCGAUAGAGAAAACUUGAGUGUAAUUACUUAAAACUUGAGUGUAAAUUAUCCUCUUUAUUAGAAAUAAACCAAUUUUAUAGC